AUCUCGCACGAACUUCGUCAAGUCCUACACCUCACUGUCGUUGCUUUCCUGCGAAGACCAUCCCCAGCAGCAGAACAUUCACUCAUUCUUUCGCUAAAUUACCUUGCUCGCCGCAAUGGGGUCCGGCGACGGACAGCAGCCUUUCCUCUACGACCCGCCAUCAUCGCAGCGUCCGAUAUCGUUUCCGUAUUCACACUUCAAUCCUCGCGCGGCUACACAGGCACAUCAAGCUGCGCUCAUAGACCGGGCUGAACAUCAUCGCGCACAACUCCUGGCCAGCGGCAGGCCGCUCGUCGACUUCAACCAGCACCCUGACAGCUACAUGAUCGUCGGUGGUCCGACACCACAAUAUGAAACUCUGCCAGCCAACACAAAGGUUAUGAUAACAGCGUCGCGAUGGGUACAGUUUGUGCUUCGUAUCGCCCAAGAGAUUGGAGCACUUGGACUAUUGGUCAUUUUCAUCUGCCUGAAAAUGAAGCUCGAUGGACAGGGAUGGGUUCUGAGGAUUGCGCCUGCGUGGGAUUCGGUGGUGUGCAUGUAUGCUGUGUAUCAUCUCCUGCGCCCAGCGAAAGGCCGGACGCCCACCAACAGUGGCAGCUACCACUUCUUUUCGCUUUUCAUGGACACCGCGAUCAUUCCUUUCUACGUUUUCGUUGUCCUCCUGGCCAACCAAAACUACACCGAGGACGUCAAAACUCCGGAUCGGUGGACUAGCUUCUUCACCAACGAGCAAACCACCACCAUGCUCAUUUUCGUCACUUACGUGAGCGGAAUCGUCUUGUCAGCACUACACUUUCUGAGCAUCGGACUUGAUCUCUACUUGGUCAUCAUGUUCCGCCGCAUCGCACGCCUCCCUCCGGACAUGAACCCUCUCGAGGACAACCUCACCAGGCGCCCGUCGAAGAAGCACAAGCACAAGAACAGCGAACUCUCGUCCACUUCAUCGGAGACGCUCGCGGAGAAGAAGCUUGGAUACUACAGUGGUGGCUCCUUUGUCAGCGAUGAUUGGUCUCGUCCCGGCACCAAAUCUGUGGCGAGCGCGAGGGUCAUCCCAUUUGGACAUAGCCGCGUUGAUUCGAACAAGACUUUCUCUCCUCACAACCCGGAUACGGCACGACUCUCACGACAGAAUUUCGACAGCUUAUCCCUGCGACCCGAAUCGACUGCCGGACGCAACUCCCGCCAAGAAGGUUCACCCACCCGUCAAUCACGCCCUCGAUCUCUCGGACCGUCGAAACAGGGCUCCUUCUAUGAAAACAUCGACGAUGAGCCAGCACACCCAGAGCAUCUCGACAACUUCCUGGCAGCCGGCGUCCUCAACCACGAACAUUUCGUGCACCCAGCAAUGCAGAAGUCCGGCACGCCUCGACAAGCAUCUCCAGUGCAAAAGGGAAUGCUCAGCGACAACUGGUACGUCCUCGACAAUGAAAGCGAGGUCGACAUGGGAUCCCCUCAGCAUCAACGUGGCCCAAGCCCGGCAUACUCCAAGAUCCCCGUGCGCGAACGACAUGAUUCCUGCGACCCUCAACCUCUAGGCAUGAACCCUCCCACCCCUGUCAACGCACCUGACGGCAAGAACGCGCCUGCGGAACAGGGCCGCCACGAGCGUCAACCCGCUCCCAGAUACGAGACGGCCCAACACCUCGACGUCGACCGCACCAUGACCAUGCAGUCCCAAGCCAGCACCAUCCAAGCCUCAUCGAUCUACUCCGACGACGCGCCCACCAUCCGCGUGGCCAGCAAGAUCAGCCCCGGCACCCCGAAAGGCAAAUACUACGGCGACCUGGCCGCCGCGACCAUCGGCGUGCGCGGCGGUUCGCCCUUCAUGCGCGCGUCGCCGGGGGCCCCGGCAUACCACACACAUCAGCAGGCGAACGGAUCGCCGAGGGUGGUGAGCCGCUCGGGAGUGGACAUCACGGAUGCCAAUGCCCAUUAUGACAGCGACCAGUCGUACGGCAUCCCGCGCCGCCGGGAAGUCAGUGGGAAGGUCGCGGAGGAGGGACGGAGCGCGUGGAACAUGAGAUCGCGAUGAUCAAUGGAUGGACAGGACGGGCGGGACGGGAUGUGGAAGAUAUGAAAUUUUUUAUGCGACGAAGGUUUUGCCUAUCGGGUCGAACACCCAUCUCGCUCGACCACGGGAUUUCUCUUUCCGUCUCUGCGACGGGCAGGCGCGCAGGGAGGAAUUUUCCUACUUCCUUUUCUAACUUUUCUUUUCGGGCGCAAGAGGCGUAUUUUCGGCGUCAUCAGGGAUAUUUCCAAACACAUACGGGUUAUUUUUGUUCAGCAUUUCGGAAGGACGAAGAGGUGGAAGAGGGUUGUGUGUUUGUCUGUGUGUGGAUGUGACGAUAGUGUAGCUAUGACAAUGAGAUCCCAAUCUUAUGAUGAUGAGCUCUGUGGAUUGCAGUGCACCGA